AGGUGAGUUUUUGGCACAUUGACCUGUUGAAUAAUUAUUAUACUCAGUGUUUAUUUAUAAUUAAUCAAGAAUCCACUGUUCAGAAUAUGACUGAAGACAUUUAACUUUUCCAGCGUAUUCAUUUUAGGGUUAAUCAUGGCAGUGCUGAGAAGUCUUCUGCUUCUUUUCAUUGUGUAUUCUAUGGUGAAUGCAGAUGAUGAAAAAUGCCCCAAUGGAUGGACAAAUUUUGGAGUCAGAUGCUACAAGUACUUCCCUCAGACAGUUAACUGGAUCACUGCGGAGAGAAACUGUCAAACCUAUGAUGCAAACCUUGCAUCUGUUCAUAAUAAACUGGAAAAUGAUCUCCUACUGAGCAUGGUGCCUUCCACACGUUUUUGGGUUGGCGCUCAGGAUGGUGAACAAGAAGGACAGUGGAUUUGGAGCGAUGGAAGUCCCUUUGACUACACCAGCUGGUGCUCUGGAGAACCUACCAAUGGAGGAAAUAUAGAAAACUGCCUGGAGCUGGCCUGGACCUCUAACCGUUGCUGGAACGAUCUGACAUGUUCAGUACAACUUGGCUUUGUUUGUGCUAAAAACCUGUGAGAUCAGAUGCAGUCAUCCUGCUCCACUCCACGUGAUUGUGCUACAUACAUUUACAUUUUCUGAACUUUUCCUUUAUAAAACAUGUUAAUCUGAAAUUAAACUUGCCUCUUUUCUCAGUAUCUU